AUGUCGGCAGCUCAGUUGUUAAAUCCAAAGGCCGAGAGCAGGAGGAGAGGUGAAGCUCUCAGAGUCAAUAUCAAUGCCGGUAUUGGGCUGCAGGAAGUGUUAAGGUCAAAUUUGGGACCUAUGGGGACGAUAAAAAUGCUGGUAGAUGGAGCUGGAGGUAUUAAACUUACGAAAGAUGGCAAGGUUUUAUUGAGCGAGAUGCAAAUUCAGAGCCCGACGGCAGUUCUUAUUGCUCGUGCUGCCACAGCUCAGGACGAAAUCACAGGAGACGGCACUACUUCGGUAGUCUUAUUAGUCGGCGAGCUACUACGCCAGGCUGACCGAUAUAUCUCCGAAGGCGUUCAUCCACGUGUUAUCGUUGAUGGGUUCGAAAUUGCCAAAACCGCUUCUCUAAAGUUCCUUGAUGGCUUCAAGCAAGAUGCCACAGUUGACCGUGAACUCCUCCUUUCCGUCGCCCGCACCACCCUCUCGACCAAGUUGUCCCAAGCUGUCGCCGAGACUCUUACCCCGAGCGUCGUGGAUGCGGUUCUAGCGAUUCACAAUCCACCAGAAAAAAUCGAUCUACAUAUGGUUGAGAUCAUGACCAUGCAACACCAGACGGCUUCUGAGACCCAACUGAUACGGGGUCUUGCUCUCGACCACGGUGCUCGUCACCCCGACAUGCCUAAGCAGGUCAAGGACGCCUACAUCCUUGCCCUUAACGUCUCUCUUGAGUACGAGAAGAGCGAAGUCAACUCCUCGUUCUUCUACAGCAGUGCAGGCCAACGUGAGAAACUAGUUGAGAGCGAACGUAAAUUUGUUGACGAAAAGCUUCGAAGGAUUGUUGAGUUAAAGAAAGAAGUUUGCGGGGCCGACCCGUCGAAGGGAUUUGUUAUCGUCAACCAGAAGGGUAUCGAUCCCUUGUCUUUGGAUGUUCUUUGCAAGAAUGGUAUUUUCGCACUGAGGCGAGCAAAGAGGAGAAACAUGGAGCGAUUGCAGCUCGUUACUGGUUGCGUAUCGCAAAACAGUGUGGACGAUUUAUCUCCGGAGGUCCUUGGAUGGGCCGGAAAUGUCCACGAACACACUCUUGGCGAGGAGAAGUACACGUUUAUUGAGGAGGUCAAGGAUCCUAAGUCUGCUACAAUUCUUAUCAAGGGGCCCAACGCGCACACAAUAGCUCAGGUCAAGGAUGCAGUACGAGAUGGUUUGAGGAGUGUCUAUAAUAUGAUUACAGAUGAGUGUGUUGUUCCAGGUGCUGGUGCUUUCCAGAUCGCCUGUGCUGCGCAUCUGUCGGGUGAUGAAUUCAGGAAAGAGAUCAAGGGCAAGGCAAAGACCGGUGUUCAGGCCUUUGCCGAUGCUUUGUUGAUUAUCCCUAAGACUUUGGCCCAGAAUGCAGGAUUUGACAUCCAGGACAGCUUAUCGGCUCUACAGGACGAGCAUGCAGAGGGCCAUACCGUUGGAUUGGAUCUUACAACCGGAGAGCCAAUGGAUCCCGUCAGCGCUGGUGUCUACGAUUCUUACAGAGUUUUGAGGAAUGCGAUUGCAUCUAGUUCUAGCAUUGCAUCGAACUUGCUACUGUGUGAUGAGAUGUUGAAGGCUAGGCACAUGGGCGCAAAGACCGGGCCUGGCGGAGAGCCAGAAGAAUAA